AUGAAUAAUAGUCAAUAUAAUCCACAACCAAGACCAUACGUUCAUCCAACAACAACACCUAAUAUCAAUAAUAAUGGUAACAUGAUGAUGAGCAGCAAUAAUAAUUAUAGACCAAUUACUCCAGUAUCUAAUAAUUCCAAUAACAAUAAUAAUAAUAAUAAUAGAAAGCCUUUGAAUAAUACAAAUACCAAUAAUAAUAAUAAUCAAUUAAAUGGUUAUACUACAACUUAUUAUCCACAACAACAACCAAUAUUGAAUAGUACACAACCACCACCACCUAAUAGUCAAGUUAUCUAUGUACCACAAAAUAGUUUUAUUCAACCACAACCAAUUCCAACUAUUAUUCAACAACAACAACAACCAUCAUCAUUAUUUACUCAACAACAACAACCAUUAAAUCAACAUCAUCAAUCAAAUAAUAAUAAUAAUAAUAAUCAACAACAACAACAACAAUAUAAUCAUAUUAUUACAAAUGAAAGUAUUCAAUUACUUGUACAAACAGUUCAACAACAAUUAGAUCAAACUAAAGAAUGGAAAUUAUCAAUUGAUGAACAAAUUCAAUAUAUGGAUAUGAAAUUAACAAGUAUUUUAGAAUUUGUUAAAAAACAAAAUACAAAUAAUUUACAAUCAUUAAAAGAUUUGGAAAAUUAUGAAAAAUUAAAAAAUAAGAUUAAUCAACCAAUUACAAAUAAUUUAAAUAAUACUGUUAAUAAUUUAAAUAAUUUAAAUAAUCAAAUUAAUAAUAAUCAAUCAAUUCAACAACAACAACAACAACAAUUAAAUAAUAAUAAUAAUAAUAAUACUAUUUCAUAUCCAUCAUCUAAUUUAUCUACUAGUCAAUAUCUUUCAAAUAAUAUUGUUAAUACUAAUAAUAGUAAUAAUACCAAUAAUAAUAGUUCAUACUCUUAUAAUACUACUAGUAAUAAUAAUACCAGUAAUAGUAAUAAUAAUAUUCCAACAUUUACUCCACCAGUAGUAACAAAACCACCAACAACAACAAACACUCAAUUACCAACUUAUACACAACUUUCAAAUCAAUUUAUUAAUAAUACUAUUACUACUAGUCAACCAAUUGUUACAACAACAAUACCAUCUAAUAAUGCUAUUAAAUAUCAACAACAACAACCAACAACAAUAACAACACUUUCAGAUGAUUUUGAAUUAGAAGAAUUAUCUAAAGAAUUAAAUAAUACUAAUUUAAACAAUAAUAUUAAAUCAAAUAAUAAUAAUAAUACUACUAUUACUCAACAACCAACAAGUAAUGUUAUUACAACACCAUCAUAUCCAUCUUUUGUAAAUAAUUCUCAAUAUAUUCCACAACAACAACAACAACAACAAACAAUGCAACAACAACAACAUUCUGAAAAUAAUAUUGAUUUUGAAGAAUUAGAAAAGAGUGUUGGUUUUAUGGUUGAUAUUGGUUUCCAAGAAGAUUCUGCUAGAAAUGCAUUAAUUCAAUAUAAUGGUGAUAGAACUAGAGCAAUUAAUUAUUUAAUUUCAAAUAAUAAAUAA